AAAAAGUUAAACCAUUGAUCACAAAUUUUCAAUAUAGAACGUUUACCAGUUUUAGUAAUUUAUGGCCGUUCUAAGAAAUUCAAAAUAUAACAUAUAAAAAAAUCUAAUUUUUUAGUUUCUUUUAAUAAUAUAAAAUUCAAAAUAUUAUUAAUUUAUUUUAAUAAUAUAAAAUUAAAAAAAAAAGAUGAUUCAAAAUUGUUAUCAAGUAUGUAAUAUUCAUAAUAAUUAAUUGCCAUAAAUAUGUUAUUCAUAUUAUGUAAAAUCCGUAGCUUUUUGUUUAUGGAAAUAAAAAAUAUUAUUUUGUACAUUAUUAAUAAAUUUGAUAAUUAGUUUAAUAAAAAGUAUAAUAUAUAUUUAUAUGUACCAACUUAUUUUUUUAAAGAUUCUAAGAAUCAUCUUUAUGAUGACACGUGGCUACGAAAACAUGUUGUAAUACUCCAAUAUUAAUAUAUAGGGGAUCACGAAUUCCUUAAACAUCUUUUUUUAAAGAAUUUCUCAACAUCUUUCUUUUUCUUAAACUUCUACUGGAUUUUUAAGCGUCCACAAGAUUUACAUUAACCAAUCACCAAAACUGUUACACACUACUAACUAAGUUUACUUGAUCAAUUUUGUAUACAUUUCUCCGGGACAUUACUUUCUUCUUCCAAUUUCCUAAUAGUCAAAUGCUUUUUAUAGUUUCAUAUAGAAUUCACCACGUUUUCACUGUCACUCUAUCGGUAAGCGAUAAAAUAAAGUGCAGAAAUUAAAGACACAUUAAAAUUGUUAACUGGGUUUGUUUUUUUACAUCAUCGUGAUCUUGUCCAGAUUUCAUUGAUCACUAGAACAAAAACGCAAAUUAAAUUACACCAAUCUACUUACGCAUACAUUAGGCACAACCCUCGUGAAGUAUCCCUCUUUUCUAAAUAGACAUCUAUGAUGAUAGAGAUCAAGCACACAUGUAUAAAUCAUCAUCUAUUUUCACCAGAGCUUACUGUCUUCAAACAGUUGUAAUCUUCACAUACCACUACAAUAAAACUGCUUGUGCUGGACUCUUGAGUCACUUUAAUCUUCCAUUUCUCAUAAGUACUUCACUAAGUAUGUUGGCACCCAAUGCACACCAUUGACACCAAAGAGUACGUAAUCCAGACUUCAAUUACUUUGACGAAUGAUUUAAAAUUUUUAUAUUUAAAUAAUAUUUAGUUUUUGAUGUUUUCUGUUUUUUUUUUCUGAAAUAUUUUAACUUUUUAUUAAUAAAAUACUCAAUAUUAUUUUCUAAUUUAGAUCUCAAAUGCACUCAAAUAACAUCUGCCGCUUCUCAUGUGAAUUUUUAUUCUAAAAAGAAAUGAAGUAAUAAAAGAUUAAUAUAAAAUAAAAAUUAAAAAGCAAUAAAUAUCAGAUGACCACGAAGAAGUUAAAAGCAAAAUUAUUAUAAGUUUUCCUUAAAACAAAACUGGAAAUAUUUUCUCAAUCAAUUAUUUUUUGUAUUUUAAAACUUUCAAAUCCAUCAAAAAUGGCAUCAUCAUCUUCUUCUUCAAGAAAGGUAUAGUAUACCACAUGUAAUUUAAAAAUUGUCAGAUGAUAAAUAUUAAAAUAUAUGUUUUAUCAUGUGAAACAAAUCCUCGUUGGUUUGAUAUUAUUUUUAUUUUCUAUGUUUGAAUAAAUUUUUAAUAUUUUCCCUCAUAAAUAUAGAAUAUGACAUUGCUAUGAAAAAAUUUAAAAUGAACAUGGUUAUUAUUUUUUACUCAAACCAGAAGAAACGGAUCAAGAUAAAAGAGUCAUGAGGCCUUAAUGUUCAGAUAAAGACCUUGGAUGACAGUUUCUUCAUGAUAUGAUCAAUUUUCAUCCAACACAGUGCAACAACAUGUUAAGGAUGUUGCUGGAGGUAUUUACUAAAUUAUGUAGUGAUAUGUAAUAAUGUACAUUUUGUGUGAUACAUAUAAUAUGUCUGCAAAAAAAGUGUGGCUUAUUUUUACAUAUGUGGACAUAAUAUAACACAACGGAUCACUAUGCAUACAUUUGCUCAUUGAGUAGAAAUAAUUUCUAGAAAUUUUCAUGAGGUACUUGUUACACUUGUACCAAUGGCCAUUGAUAUGUUUGCCACAGAUCUGACAUCUCUUAUGAAAGUUCAUCCUAAAUUGGAAUCAAAUAAGUAUUACUGACCAUAUUUCAAAAUAUUUAUUGUUGUAAUCGGUGGAACUCGUAUUUCUGUUAUGAUGUUUAGAAGAGAUCAACGAAUAUAUUGGGAAUAUGUACGGGGAUAUACGUAUAUGUACAUAUAUUAUUUACAUAUGUUUAUGUUGUAAUUCCAAGUUCUGUUCAUGAUGCCAAAGUUCUUCUACUUCUAUUGCAGAUAAUAGUAAUUGUUUCAUCCACCUGAUGGUAAAUAUUAUUUAGGUGAUUCGUGAUAUGUAUUACGUCAUGGAUUUCUUUUUAUAUAGAGGCUCCCAAUGGUAACAGCGGAUUGAGCGGUGCGGGACAAGCGGUUUGACUGCGGUGCGGUUCUAACAGUUAUAAAAACGUAUAGAUAUAUGGUAUAUGUAGAGAUUUUUGUUACUAUUGACUGCGGUGCGGAACGAGAUGAAUGUUACCAUUCGGAGCCAGAAUACAGAGAUAUCACUAAAAUCGGCUCCAAAAUCAAGAAGGAUAAAAAAACUAUAGAGAAGAGAAGUGUUUAAUUGUUGCCAUUCAUUAUUUCAAUCAAUGAUUGAAAAACUUUUGGAAUCUAGAAAAAGUUGGCUUACUAUGAAAGACGAAGCUAUGUAUAAUAUAUCUACAAUGCGUCAAAUUGUGGUGACAAUCAUGGUUCUCCGUAAUUUUAUUUGCAAGUCAAAUUUAAUGGAUACUGACUUUUCUUUUGACAUCAAACAUCUACAGAUUCAUAUUGACUCUGUAAAUCAAACCAGUAACUACACAUCUAUGUGAACGACGAAAGACAGUUUUUUUCUAGCACUGCGUGCUAAGCUAUCCGCCUUUUGAUUCGCCGUCCGAGAUACAUGAAUGAUCUCUGAGUUUAAGAAGCUUUUUUUCAAAAGCUUAAUGUCUUCGAGGUAACUAUCAAACGCUGGUUAUUCUUCUGGUUCUGAAACCAUUUUUACCAAUUGAGAACAAUCCGUCGCAAGGGUGAUAUGAAAUUGCCUUAAAUUUCUCAUACAUUCCAUUGCCCAGAUUAGCGCUUUCACUUCUGAAUGAAGAGGUGAAAGGCUUGUCCUUACAUUCUUUGCCCCUAACAAUCCAUCAAAAAUUCGCUAAAGUAUUGUACUAACCUUGUUCUGAAAAUUGUUCUUUAUCUUUUCAGAAACCAUCUAUGAAACACUAUCUUCUUGAAAUUGAUGGUACUGUCAUGUUCUGCACUUGAUGUGCAAACCUCUGGCCACUUACUACUUGUGCCUCCGCCCAAAAUGUGGAUUCUAAUUCCGCUAAUUUAAGCGUAUCUCUUGGAUCAAUAUCCAGAUUACUAAAUAUUUUGUUGUUCAGAUUUUUCCAAAUGUACCAUAGUAAAUGGAUACUGACUUUCAAUUAGCAAAUGAUGAAAAACUUCCAAAUACGAUGGAAUAAUAUUUUAGUUCAAGACAAUACAUGAAAGGUUUUCGAGAUGAAGUUGCAAACAACAUAUAGGCUAGGACUUGUUAGAUUUUUAAUAUUUUCUUGUUUUAUUUAAUAAAUAUAGUAUUAUUUAAAAUUGAAUAACCAAUAAAAUUGUUGGUUACACUUUUCAUUAUUCUUUUUGAAAAUAAAAUAAAAAUAAUUUACUGAUAACUUUUGACUGACUUUUUGUUUUAAAUUACCCAAUCUAAUUUAUGUAUUUGCAUAAGUAAAAAGGUAAAAAUAAUUUUGUCAACUAGUAAAAAGGUAGAUUGAAAAAAAUUUAGCACGUUUUGGAAAUGAUUCAUAAAUAUAAAAAUAUAUUUUUAUAAUAGCCACAACUUAUAAAGCUUUUGAUAACAUCAAGCUUUUAAAAAUAUUUAAGUAACAUCUACAACUUUUAAAUUCAAAAACUCCACAACUAUAAUUCUAAAUCUAAGGCAUAAAUUGAUAGCAUUAACUAUCUGAAUCUAAAACGGGAUUUGUUUUGCAUGAAGAAUAAGAAUUGUUGUGAAAAUUAUUUAUUAUAAUAAUUUUAUAGAGAUAAUAUUUAAAUGAUUGACAAAAAAAGAUAAUAUUUAAAGUAUUUCAUUAUAUUAUUUAGUGUUAUUUUAAAUAUUAAAAACAUCAUUAUUAAGAUAUAUUUAUUUUAGACAUAGAUAAUAAUAAUUAUAUGCAAAAACCAGAAACUAAUGGAAACUAAUGGAAAUAAUCUAAAAUUCUACGGCGCGAAUGUGAAGAUACCUAAAAAUCAUAUCUUUAAUCUUCCCCUAUAAUACCGACGAUAAAAUAUCUUUUCUUUUCUUUUUAGUUGUGAAACAGAAAGAACCAAUCUUCCUCUGAAAUUUCCUUGAUGGAUCCCGACGUGAUGGAGAUCGAUCCUCCUCCUUUAGCUUCAGCUUCAGCUUCUAGAACUCGUAAACCUAGAAAGGUUAAUCUUGAAGUGAUCGAUGUGGAGCAAUAUCAUGUAGAUAAGAUGAACAAAGGGAAGGCUAUACAAGAUGGGAACAACCCAUCUAGUCAUGUGUCUAAUGGAGUCAUGCCUAUAGAUGUUGAUAGCUACACAGUCGUUCUAAAUGAUAUCCCAACCGGUGUAAAAGUGGUGAUGUCUACUACUCAGCCCUGUGGGUUUCAGAAUUAUAGCAGCAAAGGAACUUCUAAAUCAAGUAGAAACAGUUCAAACCCGUUUCUGGCAACUCCAUCUUCUGUUCCUCAGUCAUUGGAUUUUGCCUCCCUGUCAGCCUCCUUUGCUCAGAACAAUCAAACGGUUUCCUCCUCUGCGGUUCAACCUGUUGAUUCUGAUGCUUCUGCUAGCUCUUCUUCCGCUGAGCCUGUUCCUUCAUCUCAGGCUAAUUUUCUGAGGGACUUUAAAAGGUUUGACACUGUUGAGGAUUUCUCAGAUCAUCACUAUCUUUCCAAGGGGAAAGCUUCAAAACAGCACUCAAAGACUUGGUUGAAAAAGGUUCAAGCAGACUGGAAGAUUCUUGAGAAUGAUUUGCCAGAGACAAUAUUUGUCAGAGCCUGUGAGUCAAGAAUGGAUCUACUAAGAGCUGUAAUCAUUGGUGCUGAGGGAACUCCUUACCAUGACGGUCUUUUCUUUUUCGAUAUUCAGUUCCCAGAUUCCUAUCCUUCAGCGCCACCGAAAGUUCAUUACCAUUCCGGUGGGCUUAGAAUCAACCCCAACCUAUACAACUGUGGUAAAGUAUGCUUGAGUCUUCUCGGUACAUGGACCGGCAACAAGAGGGAGAAAUGGCUCCCACAGGAGUCCACAAUGUUGCAGCUUCUCGUCUCAAUCCAAGCACUCAUCUUGAAUCAAAAACCGUACUUCAACGAACCUGGCUACGAGCCCACCAAGGGGACUGUAUCAGGCGAGGCUCACUCCAAAGUUUACAGCGAGAACGUCUUCAUAUUGUCCUUGAAAACAAUGGUUUACAGCAUGAGGAAACCACCCAAGCACUUUGAAGAGUUUGUUCAUAGCCAUUACUUUGUGAGGGCACUUGACAUAGUGAAAGCGUGUAAUGCUUAUAAAGAUGGAGCUCCUGUUGGUUCCAUUUUGAAAGGUGGUGUCCAAGGUAUUGAGGAAACUAGCCAGAGUGGCUCUAAGAAGUUUAGGACCGAUGUGGCUGCCUUUAUGAAGACAGUUGUUGGUGAGUUCGUUAAGUUAGGAAUCAAGGAGCUUGAAGAAAAACCUAAACCACCGCCUGUGGUUAAUGCUAAUACUGAGAGUAAUACAGCUAACCGUAAGAGAAGCAGAUCAUCGAGCAUCAAAGAAUUUCUCGCGAAUAUCGGACGCUGCGUUUUUCAGUAAGAGUGAGGCGUGCAACAAACAAGUAUAAAGUUUGAAGAAACACAGAGGGAUGAAAGAUUUGGUGAGUAGGAGGAAUCUAACAAGGCGCAGAAGUCUGAUCUAUUAUUAUUAGAUUUUCUUUAAUCGUUUAGUAUGUGGACAAGAAGUUUUAGUUUUUAGUGUUUAUAGUUCUGAUUUACAAAUUUAAGAGAUUUCAAAUUAGGCCUAUUUCAAAUCAAACAAACAAAAUCGAUUA